AUGUUGUUGCCUUCUGACCUGAUGUUCAUGGGUUACAAUCUGGGAAAGGUCUCUCCACUUACAAUGAUAAGUCUGCGUACAUCCAACCUCACUAUGAUCUCACUUGGUGGGAGCCUUUACAUUUGCGGCACCCUUUUCUGUAUUUCCCUUUUCAAGUUUUGCUUUGGCUAUUUGUGUGGUAUAGUGAAGCAAAGUGGUUUACCUUUGGCAUGUUUGUCUGGGCUUGUUCAUCAUGUGGAAAAAUAUGAGGUGAUGCUGAAUGCUGUUGCCGAAAAUGAGGUUGAGUACUGUCAUGUGUUAUCUAAAAAGAUAAAAGAAGUAUUUUCACAACUAAAGACUGCUGAAUCCAAACAUUGUCUUUCAAACUCUACUGCCUCAGGGAAAGUCUUAUCUGCUCAAGGUAUUGAGAUGGGAGCUGGAAAAUCUGCAAAUGUAGAUUGGAAGGAGCAGGUUUGUCAAAAGGUUCAAAAGAUGAAAAGUGCAUAUGGUCCAAAAGUCUAUACCUCUUACCAACAAAUGAAUAGAGCACGUCAAAAGUCUGGUCCAUCACAUUCUAGUAUUUCCCCGGUGAAAAUACUUGAAACGAAACCAUCACCACAAACGGGAAGACAGAACUACCAUACAUGGAAGGAUGUUUGUCAGCAAAACAAGAUAUGCUUACGAGAACCGCAAGUGGCUAAACAACAUAGCCAUUCACCUCAGGAUUUAAAUCAACUGUGUAUCAUGAAAGGCCCGGAAAAUGCGGUACAAAAGCAUACCCAAGGUGCACGAAAAGCAACUGAAGCAUUUGGUGUCGGUGUCAGUGUCAACAGUCCGGGGAUUUCAGCUUCACCAUUGACUGAAAACUGCAAUAAUCUAACAGAAAUUUCUCAUAAACCUACACUCACUUUUGAUGAGCCAAGUACUGAAACGAAGCACCUUCUUAACGUGCUAACCUGCAUAUCACCUGAAGCAUUGAAUGCAUCAGUUAGUGAAAUUAGAGAGGUAGUCCAUUUGAAUGAUGUGAUGCCAACUCCAGAAUUCUUAAAUAGACCACUAAAGAUGCUUCAACAACAAAAACAACCAGGCCUCAUUACACAAACUGGGAAAAAUUUGGCAUCAGAUAUUGAGCCAUCUUCACAAGCUAGAUAUGUGACUUGCCAUGAUUUUGUUCCAACUUUAAGCAAAAGAUCUCACAGCAUGAAUACAAUGGCUGCCUUUGACACUUACAGAAUUUCUGCUAGUUCAUGUCACAGUUUCAAGCAGUUGGCUGAUGCUGAGAAACAUGACUGGACUUCAGAAAAAUCUUGUCUUUUAGAAGAAAUAAAGGAGAUAAACAAUCGAUUGAUAGACAGUGAGAUUGUUCUUGUAGAAAAUGAUAGCAGCUUUCAUAAAGAGCCUGGAGGAGCUACUGAAGAUAGUGACGGAUUGAUUAUUGAAUUCCUUUUCAAUGCAGUAACUGUCAAUCAGAACCUAAUAUCUCAUCUUUCUAACGAUAGAAAGUCAAUAAUCAAACCGUUAAGGUUGCUUGUUCCGACAAAUUAUCCAUUUUCCUCGCCCGUUAUUGUAGACAAAAAUCUGUCCGAAGUCAGUGAAGGCCAGAAAGAUCUAUCAACAAUAGCAAAAUCAAAGCUGAGAGUCUCUCUCCGAUGCUUAAAUCAAACAUGGUCACUUGGGGAUAUAGCAAUGUUCUGGGAAGGUUGUGCCAGAGAAACAAUCUUUGAGCAGGCAAAAGCUUUUGGAGGAGGAACUUUUAGCUCAAUAUAUGGAGGCAAUAUCGAAAACAGAGAAAAGGGGAGGAAGAAUAAGGAGAAACAUACGAACACAGAAACGCCAAUCAUCUUCAGAGGUUCUGUUGUGUGGUUCAUAGGCAAGUACAGCAACCAAUAG